UUUACACAUUAAUUAAACGACUAUAACCUAACCUAGAAACGUUAAAUUAAUAAUUAACAUCCGAAAAUACAAUAAUUAAAAAAUAACUGUAUAAAAACAAAAAUUAUCAUUUACAGGAGUUCUUUUAAGCGUUAAUUCUGAUGUUAGUUAUCACAUUGUAAUACUUGGUAUUGGAACGUUAUUAAAUUUUAGAUAAACAAUUUUUAACGUGUUGUAUCUGCAUGAAUUAUCAGUAUUUACAAAAAUAAUCAUAAUUAUGUUGAAAAAGAUUUUAUGACCAAUAUUAACAUAUUUACUAUUAUCAAAAUCGGGGUAAACAAUUUUAUUUAUGUAUAUAUUGAUUUCGUAAAAGUGUAAAUAAUAUAUUAUUGAAUUUAGUGAAAUGUAUUGUUCAGUUAGGGCAGGUCGGCUAAAUCGAAAGUUGUUAGAAAUAUACAAAAUAGUUGAGUGCAGACUGCAUGUUAAAGUUCAAAAGAAUGAAUUACUCAAAGAUAGUCCACUUCUUGAUAAUUUUGGAAGACAGCAUUCGUAUUUACGAAUUUCAUUAACAGAAAGGUGUAAUUUACGUUGUGGUUAUUGCAUGCCUGAAGAAGGAGUGCAAUUAACACCAUCAGAAGACUUAAUGAGUACCGAUGAAAUAGUAAAAAUAGCUAGACUUUUUGUAGAACAGGGCGUAAGAAAAAUUAGACUUACUGGUGGAGAGCCAACUUUAAGGAAAGAUUUAGUGGACAUAAUUGCCAAGUUAAAAUGCAUAGAAGGUCUGGAGAACAUAGCAUUAACAACAAAUGGAGUCGUGCUGACAAAGAAACUUGCUUAUCUUCAAAGGGCUGGUUUAGAUAAUUUAAACAUAAGCUUAGAUACACUUAAUAAAAAUAAAUUUGAAACAAUAACCCGCAGAAAAGGAUGGGAACGCGUGAUGAUGGGAAUAGACCUCGCCUUGCAACUAGGAUACAGUCCUGUUAAAAUUAAUUGUGUUGUUAUUAAAGGCUUUAAUGAAAAUGAAGUUUGCGAUUUUGUAAAGUUAACCAAAGAUAAAAAAUUGGAUGUAAGAUUUAUUGAAUAUAUGCCUUUUACCGGAAACAAAUGGGAAAUGGGAAAAAUGAUUUCUUACAAUGAUAUUAUAGCAAAUAUCAAGUUAAAAUGGCCUGAAAUUUAUCCUCUUGAAAAUGGACCAAACGAUACGUCAAAGGCGUGGAAGAUUCCGGGUCAUCUUGGGCAAAUAGGGUUUAUAACUUCAAUGUCCGAACAUUUCUGUGGAAGCUGCAACAGAUUACGAAUUACAGCAGAUGGAAAUUUAAAAGUUUGCCUUUUUGGAAAUACUGAAAUUUCCUUAAGAGACGCUCUCCGAGCAGGUUGCAGUGACGACGAUCUUGUAACUUUAAUUUCAGCAGCUGUUAAGAGGAAAAAGAAACAACACGCAGAAAGAAGUAAUAUGAAUUGCAAAAGAUUGCCGUCAAGUGUUCAUAUGCAUAGUUUCCGUUAUUACUCUACCAAUAGUAACUUUAGUCACAUUGAUGAACAAGGUAAAGCAAGUAUGGUUGACAUUUCAAUUAAAAAAUCUACUAUAAGAAGCGCUACCGCGACAGCUUCUGUAUAUGUUAAUGACUGCAUUGUAAAGCUUAUAAAAGAGAAUAGUUUAAAAAAAGGGGACGUUUUAAACGUUGCACAAGUAGCAGGUAUAACUGCUGCUAAAAAAACAUCCGAACUUAUUCCUUUGUGUCACAAUAUUGCACUGACUAACGUUAAACUUAAUAUAACGUUAGACGAAGGUGAAAACUUAAUAAAAAUUAUUGCAACGGUCAAGUGCGAAGCAAAAACAGGAGUUGAAAUGGAAGCAUUAACUGGUGCCGCUGUUGCUGCUCUUACGGUAUACGAUAUGUGCAAAGCAGUCAGCAAAGAUAUCGUUAUAGGUGAUAUAUAUUUACUAGAAAAAAGUGGGGGUUCAAGUGGUGAAUAUAAAAAACAAUUGGUAAGUGAUAUUGUUGUGGAAUAAAACAAAUGUAAUAUUAUGGUGUGUAAAUAAUUUUUGAAUAGAUUAUUAUUUUUGAUAAUAGUA